AUGUCGAAUUUUCCAACAGAUUCGCGGAGGCUGUUCGUUUUGCAACGCCCAAAUGUCGAACAUGUAGCUGCCAUGCAAAUGCUGCCAUUGGCCACAUACAGACCUGUGAACGCGUUGCCAGUUCUUUUUAACAUGGGCAGCAUGCAGCCAGUAAUGGCACAGAAUGUUCCUUUUAACCAUAGCUUCAUUCCUCCGGUUACUUCUGUUACGUCCUUACAAAUAAUGAUAAGGGACUCGCAGAUUCCUGUUUCGUCCAACAGCAACAAUGAAUCUGAGCUUCAUUUACAGGGUUCAUCUGAACAUGUCCAAUCCGAAAAAGCAUCAACAUCAACAUUGGAAUUCACAAGUAUGAACGACUCCUGCACUCAGACCACUAAUGAAAUCUCAUCUGAUGAAGUCUCUCCUCUGCCAUUGCCGAUAACACAAUCUAAACAAAAGGAACUUGUUGAUAGUAAUGAAACAGUGACUGAACAAACAGUGACAAGUGACGAAACAGUGACUGAAAAAGAACCAGUUCGUCAUGAAAUAAAUUUCAAACUAUCAAAUAAUAUUCCUGAACCUUUGACUCUUGAAAGAAACCCUGAAAAUUACCCCUCAACGAGUACUCAAAAUGUCACCCAAGAGCAGUCAAACUCUGAAGUACAAGCUAUUAAUGUGAACUUAAGCGUAGAUUUCAGCAUGCUAAGUCCAAUAAUUGUGAAAUAUAUCUCUGAAAUUUUAAAGACUGACCAAUCGGCGGAAACUGUCAAUAAACUUUUACAGCCCGAGAAUUCUGACCUGCUUAAAAAUAUCAAGUAUGACACGACUGUGAAAGCACUCAUAGCAAACGGAAAAUUUAUAGAGAUGGACUCUGAAUCAAUGCUGAACGGAGAAAAUGUUGCGUCUGAAAUAAGUUUAGAUGGUAAUCAAAGUAGCAGUUCCUUAAUUAAACAGUGUGAACAACAAGCAAAGUCAGGAGUCGAAUUAACUGGAUCAACGCUAAACAGAAUAGAUUCUGAAAAAAUACGGAACGGAAGAAAUGUUGCACUCGCAAUACGUUCAGGUCUUAAUCCGAUUAGAAAUUUUCUAAACCAGGAGGGUGAAGAAAAUCUGAAGUCAAGAGUUGAAGCAUUUGAUACUGAAUUAGCUUUCCAGAAAAGUUCGUCUGUUAACAAUUCAAAAGGCUUAACUGAAGAUUCACGUUCAAACUUAUCUGCUACUGAUUUGACAUUUUCAAAAAAAUCAAAAUCGAAGACAAAUCCGGAUAAGUUAUAUAACUUCUUAUCGAGUAUAAACUCAAAUCAAGAUAAUAGUUUGCCAAACUUCCAGGGUCAAAAUAAGACAUCAGUUACUAAAAACUCCUCAUCAGCUAUACACGAAAGCUGUUCCAGAAAGUGCACUAAUGAUCCUUUUAAAGAUUCAUCCUUUACUCAGAUAAAUGAAUUAGAUAGUUUGCAUUCAAAUGCUCAAAAUAUAGCUUAUGAUUUGACUUUUAAAGCGACAGAAAGGAAAACAAGUCUUCAUCAAUUUUCUACUUCUACAUUCAAAAGGAGUCCAAUUAAAAUUACAAAAUCAGUUAAGAGUUUCAGUAAUAGAGAAGAAAAUUACACUUCGACUCAUUUUAAUCACAAAUCAUCUCUAAAGUGUGAAAAAACAUUGAAGCGUAAAUCUGUAUUUUCACCUGUUGCAAAUAGUCAUGAAGAAGUAGGUCCAGUUGGUGAAUUCUGCUACGAUUUAUCUCUAACGUGUGACAAAGCAGUGGACUAUAGUUCUGCACGCGUUGUUGUAAAUGCUAAUAAACAGAAAAGCCAGAAUGUAGAUACCUACCUGACUGCCAAGUUUAGCAACGAUUCGUCUUUAACCCCUCCGUCUUCGUCCUCUGAUUGCUUAAUGGAGAGUCGGAUAAAUUCUCCAUUUCCAGAUGUUCUUCCGGAUAUAGUUCCAAGUAAUGCUACCAAAGAACCGAUACCAAAAUUAAAAAUAAAAAGGUUGAACGAAGCUGACAUUCAGUCGUAUUUUGAACCUUCAAAGAAAUUUAAACCAAAGUGGAGAAUAAACAGAGAUAAUACUGAAAGCUUAUCUGUGUCUAAAAGUAAAAGUUCUCAUGAAGUGGAUGAUGAUAUAGACCUAACAUCUGCAGAGUCAUCAAACGAUGAGCCACCUAGGAAUGUUAAAAAGCUUAAACUACGCAGGUCUAAGAGAAAUAAAGACAUCAAAAGUGGAAAAAAGUUACUGAAUCCAGCCAAAGAGGCUACUUCGCCAAUUUUGGAAAAUCCGGGAAAACCUCAAAAAAUUCCGGAUGUUAAUGAAGUGAUGAACUGUGAAAAACUAUGCUCAUCAAAUCUAGAACGUAAUGUUGGGAUGUCAAUAUCGUUACCCUCAGAGGAUGUUUCGUUUUGUUCAUUAACUUCACCGGAAUCAACUUCAUCCUACGAUUUGCCUUUAAAAACUGUGACUGAAGAAACUAAUAACCUGGAUUGUUCCAUUAAGCGAAAACGAGGGCGUCCCAAGAAAAAGGCAUCACAUCAAGCUAAAAAUACGUCUUUAAUGAAUUCCGAAAAUUUAUGCUCACCAAAUCCAGAACAUAAUGUUGGGGAGUCAAUAUCUUUACCCUCAGAGAAUUUUUCGUUUUAUUCAUCAGCUUCGCCGGAAUCAGCUUCAUCCUAUGAUUUGCCUUUAAAAACUGCUACUGAAGAAACAGAUAACCUGGAUUGUUCCGUUAAGCGAAAAAGAAUGCGUCCCAGGAAAAAGACUUCACAGCAAGCUAAAAAUACGUCUUUAAUGAAUUGUGAAAAUUUAUGCUCACCAAAUCCAGAACGUAGUGUUGGGGUGUCAAUACCUUUACCCUCAGAGAAUUUUUCGUUUUAUUCAUCAGCUUCGCCGGAAUCAACUUCAUCCUAUGAUUUGCCUUUAAAAACUGCUACUGAAGAAACAAAUAACCUGGAUUGUUCCGUUAAGCGAAAAAGAGGGCGUCCCAGGAAAAAGACAUCCCAGCAAGCUAAAAAUAAGUCUUUUAUGAAAUACAGACAACUCCAAAAAUCCAACUCCAAGAACGAUCCGAUUCAUUCACCUUCAGAAAAUUUGAAUACAUGCGACCAUCUUAAACUUAAAAUCAUUACGUUACCCAUUGAAACAGUACACAGUUCCAGCAAUGAAUCAAAUGGCACACUAAAACAUAAAUGUGGAAUUAUAUCCGAGGAAAAGGACUCUGUAAAGAGUCAUGCAACCCACACUAUAAAUGUCGCUUAUCGUGAAACUCUUUCAAUUGGCCCAAUGCAGUGUGAACCAAAAGCUAAAUCCAUGCACAAUGAACAUUUUUGCAAGAAUUUAAUGAAUAUUCAAACUACCUCGAAUUCUGGUAAUAUCUCUGAUGAUAAUCAACUGAAAAGUAAAUCUGUGAAAAUCCCACCUAUAAUAUACUUGAGUGACGAUUCCACUAGCGAUGAGUCUUGUGAAAUUAUCUCAAAUCCUGAUGCUCUCUCUUUUCAUCAAGUGCAAUGUAAAUCUGAAUCUACGCCAGAUCAGAAUGACCUUCCUGUUGUAACUAUCACAAGUCCGAACGAUGCCUCAAUUGAGGAAAUCCAACAUACACAGGAUGCUUCAAAAUGUGGUGAUUCUGAGAAUAAUAAAACACCUUUUGCAGAAAUCUCAAGUACUAACAUUGAAAUUGACAGUAUAAAGAAAAAUCAUCUUAAGCCUGAAACCAUUACACCACCUGUUGCCACCAUGCAGAGUUCUAACAAUGCAUCAAAGGACGAAAAUGAAUAUGAAGUUAACUCCGAGCAAAUGGAUCCAAUAGAGAAUAGCACAAUUCCCUCUGAAACUGGCGCAAAUCACGACACUUUUUCAAAAAUGCAGGAUGAACCGCAUGCUAUAUCUGCACAAAAGGAUUUUCUUAACUCGUUCUCAAUGCUUAUUGAAACUGCCUCCGAUUCUGAUGAUAUCUCCAUUGAUAAUCAACAAAAAAGUAAAUCUCUAAAAAUACCACCAAUAAUAUACUUAGAUGAUGAUACUACUACCGAUUUGGAGAACUCAACUGAUUUGGGGAUAGAAAAUCAGAAUAUUACGAAUAAGAAAAUACAUUAUGAAAAUGUGGACGUUAUAGAAUCUUCCGAUUUAAAAACUUUUCACAAUUCAGGCAACAACAUCCAAGAUAUUGAUCUCGACAAUUCACCAAAUUUGAAGCAAGAAAAUCAGAAUACUACAAAUAAGGAAAUGCAUUAUGAAAGCAUGGACGCUGUACAAUUGUCUGAUUUAAUAACGUCACUCAAUUCAGCCAACAACAUCCAAGAUUCUGAUCUGAACAAUUCAACAAACUUGAGUCAAGAAAAUCAGAAUGCUACAAAUAAGAAAAUGCAUUAUGAAAGCAUGGACGUUGUAAUAUUAUCUGAUUCUGAAACAUCACCCGAUUCAGCCAACAACAUCCAAGAUACCAAUCUGGACAAUUCAACAAACUUGAGGCAAGAAAAUCAGAAUGCUAAAAAUAAGAACACUCAUUAUGAAAGCAUGGACGUUGUAAUAUUAUCAGAUUCUGAAACGUCACUCAAUUCAGUCAACAUCCAAAUUAGUUCAUCGGAAAUCAAUGACAAUGAUAAGCUUUCGUACAAUGAAAUUAAUUCAUCUAUUCACAAAAAAGGCGGUAUGCUUCCCCAGUCAAAUAAGAAUCUGUCACAACCCACGAUUACUUCACCACCUUCAGUUGUUCAAGUCGCUCAAGACCCUAACUUACCUUUUGAAACACGAGUAAAUACUGUCUUGAAAACAAAACGCAAUGUGACAAAAAACAGAGCUAAACGUAACUCAUCAAAAGCCAUUGAUGAUAAAAAACUUCCUAAGAAGCAAUAUGAAUUAUCUAUUCAUAAAAGCAGCAUAAAGCUUCCCUCUAUAAAUGCUGAUCAAAAAACUUCCGCUCCUUCAACACUUGCUAACAGCACUAUGAAAAUGAAGCAAAAUUCAUCCAAUAAUGUUAAAUAUAACAGAGUUGAAUCAUCCAUUCGUAAAAAACGUGUUACUUUUCCGCCUGCUAAUAACGCCAAACCCCAAUCAUAUCCCGCCUUUAAUCCAACACCUGGGAUUAUCCCUGCAACUGCGCACCGAUGCGUUGAAACCCAAACUGAUAACGUAAUGAAAAUGCUGCACAAGUCAACUAGCAGUAUUUUAAGUAAUUCAUUGAAAUCCUCUGAUAAAGUAAUUGUAAAACAAAGUGAGCCAUACGUCCAUAAAAAAGCACCCAUGCUUACAGUUAGAGCAAAACCGCACCGAUGCGUUGAAACCCAAACUGAUAACGUAAUGAAAAUGCUGCACAAGUCAUCUAACAGUAUUUUAAGUAAUUCAUUGAAAUCCUCAGAUAAAGUAAUUGUAAAACAAAGUGAGCCAUACGUCCAUAAAAAAGCACCCAUGCCUACAGUUAGAGCAAAACCGCACCGAUGCGUUGAAACCCAAACUGAUAACGUAAUGAAAAUGCUGCACAAGUCAUCUAACAGUAUUUUAAGCAAUUCAUUGAAAUCCUCUGAUAAAGUAAUUGUAAAACAAAGUGAGUCAUACGUCCAUGAAAAAGCACCCAUGCCUACAGUUAGAGAAAAACCUGCUAAUCACUUGAAAUCACCUUCAAAGCCGCGUAAGUCAAAGACUGGUGUUAGAUCGGCAACUAUGAAUGAAAUAAUAUUUUCUGAUGCUGCCACUUGCGAAGAAAAAUCAAAACGAUUUUUUAAAAACAGAGCGAGAAAUAACAAAGACAAGAGCGAUAGUUGUGAAUCUAACAUGCCGAUUUUAUACCCUGAAAUUACUAAUGGCAAUCCAAAUGGUCCGCAGCAUAAUUUUGAUGAAGUAUCUUCACCUAACGAAUCCACAUUAUCAUUAGUAGCUUGUUUGGACCUCCAAGAAUAUUUUCCAAGAUGUCCAACUAUUUCAUCUUGCCAGAUUCCAACAUCUUCUGAGUCUCCAUCGCUUCGGCAAACUACAACUACCUUUGAUGAUUUACCAGCGCCUCUCUUAGCGGACCAGAUUUCCGGAAUUCAUCAACGAAAUGAAGAUGAGUUAAGGGCGGAACUUUUAGGAUCAUGCUCACGGAUAAAUGAAUCGAUUCUUCCAAAAAAGUCGCCUAACUGCAAUCCAGGUAGUAGCAUUGAUUCCAAAACAGAAUUUCGUUUCGCAGUAGGAGUGAAUGAGGAAACGGAUAAUGAUAAUGAAAUCCACAGCUGCACCAGAAACAUCGCUCAAAGUUCUCAAGAAAACAAUCUAUUUUCAAAGCAAAUUAACACUUGUGCCAACUUCGACGGUGAAGAUGCUUUGAUGCCCAAACCAAAGCAUGAGAAUGAAUCUGGAGAUAAUAUACUUGCACCAAAUGGAGAUCCCAAGAAGAAUGAAGCAACUAUUGCCCCCAAAGGAACUUCUGAUGACCUAGAACAAGAAAUAUCCCAGAUUUGGAUUAAUAAUGCACAAAACGUUGAGAGUAGCCGCAAUGUGAAAAAUGUUUAG